AUGGAGGAAACGAGAGACAACCAGAAUAACGAGCAAAACAAUGGACAAAAUGGAGCCCAUCAACUCAACAACCAAAUUGGGACUACCGAACUAGUCCAACUCAUGCAAGCAUUCAUUACUGCUGCAACUGCAAAUAACCAGAAUCAGUGCGGAGCCCCGCACACACCUCUAGGACCAAUGACCAGAAGUCAGGCACUAAAUGAAUUCUGCAAGCGUCGCCCGCCCUACUUUCAAGGAGAACCUAACCCCACAGCUGCGGAAGCUUGGCUAGCAGAAAUCAAGAAAAUUCUUGAAACCCUAGACAUUCAAGAGGCUAGCAAUCGAAUUGCCCUAGCUACCUAUCAGAUGCAGAGUGAAGCUCAGCAUUGGUUCGAAGAAAUUUUCCUUGACAAGUACUUUCCAGCACCUGUCAAACAAGCACUGGCCUCGGAAUUCAUGAACCUCGAGCAGGGCACAAUGACUGUGACCCAGUACGCAGCACGGCUUGAAGAACUGUCUCGCUAUGGUACAAAAAUCAUACCUACUGAUGACGACAAGGCGAGAAAAGUUGAGUGGGGACUCAAUGAGACACGCCGAGCGAUGGUGGCGCAGACGCUUCCCACCUACUCACAAGUGGUGCAAUGCGCACUUAAGAUGGAGAGAGAAAACUUGGAUUUCAAGACAAGACGACAUAUCCAGAUCAACUGUCCCAAGUUGAUCAGAGUUAGAAGCCAAGGGGGACAGCCGUCGCAAAAUCAAGUCAAGGCUGCAGGAAUUGGGAAUCAGAAUCAAGCUAGACCGGUUUGGAAUAGUAACCAACCCGGAGGACAGAACCAGCCUUGCGGUGGGUGGAACCAACCACCAACUCAGAACAGAGGAUCGAACAGGCCAAUCCAGCCCAGUGCUGGAAGGGUGUUUGCGCUGCAAGGGAUAGAAGAGGAGAUGGACCCUGCAGUAAUCCAAGGUACCCUUACUCUUUUUACUACAUGUGUUCAAGCACUAUUUGAUUCUAGAGCUUCGCACUCAUUCAUAUCUGCCAUAUGUGUAUCUACAUUUGGAUUAGAAACUGAACCUCUAAAGACAACUAUGCUUAUGACCUCACCACUAGAGGGUAAGAUUCCGAUAGUACUAAUCUAUAAAGGGUGUGAACUAGAAGUAUCGAACCUGCGGUUAACAUGCGACUUAUGA